UCCACCAGAGACAAGCUGCGGAGCCGCGCCGCUGUACCUCCUAGCAUUUGUCAUUUCUUUAAAACACGGGCUCUGGUACGGCUGCGCUGAGAGCGCAUCACACGCGUCCGUAACAGCGGAGGCUCUGCUCUGCCUGCUUUUUUUCGCCAGGGAGUCGUGUUCGGAGAAAACGACUUAUUAUAUUGACGUCAAACGAAUGUGUGCAUGACUUUACCGCGCGCGCCGGCACGACAGAGGCGACGGAGGCUCCCGGUUCUGGCUGAAUGCGCACCAAAAUCCUCAGCAGACAAUUAACCUGAGACGCUGCCACCGGGCUCUUCAAUUAGCCGAGGCUGGGCGAAAUGACUGUAUUUUAAACUUUAAUGCACGACAGGCUUCUGGAAACUCGUUGUGAAUUCAAAAUUUAGUUGUGAGGGGAGAGAGCGACGCAGCACCCCGCUGCUGACAGAGAGACCACUUGUACCGCCGUCAAAACUGUGCCAAGAGACGGGGAGUCUUCGGUCGGACCCGACCGGCAUAUCAAUCAGCGUCCCGGGGAGCGACUCACUGGGUUCGCGACGACGGUAAGAGGCAUCGGAGGCGAGGGUUGGAGCAGAGAAAGGAGAUGGCACUUUUUAUUUGUCAUUAUAGAAAGACUGCAACAGCCACUGGAAAACAAAUGUAAAAGCGAGUUCUCUCCGUCUUGCCACGGGUGCGCACCGGCGAAAAGGCGCAGGACCCGCAGGAUCAUCGAUUCGCACCUUGUGCGCUGCGUAUAUGUGACAGGAGCACAUAGGAAGCGGCAAACGGCGGGAUAGGGUGUGCUUCUGCCAAACGAGGGACUCAAACUACUAAACCAUGGACGCCAGGAGACUGUUUUUGCUUGUUUGUUCUGCGGCAUUUCUCGCUGGGCUGCAGUGCGCCUCGCCAAGGACCACGGCGGGGAUGAAUCCCCCCACCGCCGGCUUCAGCAACACCAGCAGCGGCGGCGGCGGCGGCGGCGGCGGCGGCAGUGGAGAAACCGGGGGAAAAAGAGACUUGAACCAAACCAUACAAUCUAGGUUCAAGAGGAAAACCCUGGCGGUGGAUUUUGCCGUUCCGUCUCUGUUACGCUAUUACCUGGCGGAGUUCAUAAAGAGACCCCUGAACGGCGACUGCCAGACUUUUAGCGGAUGUUACACGGUGCGCGCAAACUUGAAAAUGCACUGCAUACCUUUGCAGAAAACCAUAUCUACUUUUGUGGAGCCCAAAUCAGCCACGGACUCGGCGCUGAGGAACGCGUCUGCCGAGGGACAGCUCCCGUUCUUUCACCAGCGGCCGCUGUCCAAAGUUCUGAAAUUGGGCUUGACGAAAGCCAGCAGGAAGUCAAACCAAGUGGUGGUGGAAAUAGGAGAGGAUAUCGUGAGGACCGGAUGCGGGGGGCUGUCUGUGCACGAGGAGGCCCCGGUUUUCACUCUGGAAAUGGACCUCACAACUAUCCUGGAGUGGUGGCUUGGCGCAGAGGGGGGGCGACUCAGAGUUCGGCUCAUGCCCGAGAAAAAGGCGCAGGUGCCCGGGAUCGAAGACUGGUACACCGCGGCCAUACGCGCUGCAGACCCCCGCCUCUCUCUCCAGAUUUCCUCCCGGGGAGGAGCGCUGGCUGGUAGUGCUGCUGCUGGCAUUCCUAAAGGAUAUUGGAGCUUCUCCUGGGUGGCUGAGGAUUACCUGAGUUUUCCUGAAGACGUGCAUAUGUCAGAUCGCCCAUGCAGAUCAUGUGACCACCUGGACGCCAUUCCAGAGUUCACUUGGAGCAUAGUGGCUGCCGGGGACCUUCGUCAGGAAAGGAAUGACCGAAACGAAAAAAAGGCAGGAAGUCCCCAAGGCUCGGAGGAAGGUAAGAAUGAAGGUCAGUUCCUCUGGGUGAACAGUUCAGCUUUUGGGGGCCCAUGGGUGCUGAGUCCCUGGCUGUGGGUGGGCCAAGGUCCCUGUAGCCUGGACAUGGCUGUGUUCCUGCACCCCAAGCAAAGUGGACAGUACACCAUAUGGCUCUCAGAGCGGGACAGACAGCCAGUCGCCCUGUUCUCCACCGACACACUACCGCGCAUCACAGGCUGGGCAGUGGUUCACCUCACCUUGGCCACCCAUAGAGGAUCCUUGUUCCGGGUCUCCGCCAGCUAUGAUCAGCGGAUCCCACAGGAUGACUCGGCUACUAUUGAGCCCCACUUCACCACCAACUGCUCUAUGGCUUCCUCGCCAGGGCCUAACAUCACACUGGAGGGCCAGUAUCACUGUCACCAGGGCCCUGGGAUCCCACUGGACAAACUGUGUGACUUCAGCCCUGACUGCCCACUCGGCGACGACGAAGGCGACCUAUGUCGCCACUUUCUCAAUGGCAGCUACUGCUCAUUUGAAGAGGGUGAAUGCGGUUGGCAGGCAGUAACAAGUCGCGGUCUUGCCUGGAGAAGACUUCAGAGUCCGGCAAAGGCUACCAGACAGAGCUGCCCAUCAUCAGGUUCAACAUUCAGCGUGGAGGGAGGUCAGAACAAGGGCCAGCGUGGCUCAGCAUUACUGAGGAGCCCUCUGUUUCCUCCACCUCUGAGAAACUCCCCAUGCACAGUGCGGUUCUGGCUGUGUUCUGGCGCCUUACAGAAGGGGUCCCUGUCUCUGUGGCUGGUGGAGAACAGCACGGGCCCUGAGGAGCGGCGCAGACUGUGGCAUUCGGCCAGUCAACCCAAAUCUGAGCGGGGCUGGAAACUCAUCAGACUCCCACUCUACGGCCUCGCAGACUGGUUCUGGCUGCAGUUCAGCGUGGAGGAGGGAGCGGGGCCCAGUCUGUCCGUCGCUCUCGACAACGUUUCCUUCAGCAUGGACUGCUUCCUGGCAUCCAACGGUGAGUUUCCACCAGUAGUCGCCACCAGGCCCCCGUUUAGACUAAGCAUCAAGACUACGCCUCCAUCCGUUGGCAGUACUCCCAUGACCUUUUCCACCCAAGAUCACUCCAAAAAAUGGAUCUUUCUUACCUGUGGGGCUGUGGGCCCAGAAGGUCCAACUCCCACUCACUGCCUCAACGCGUACAGGAACAGCAACAUCAAUGUGACCGUGGGGACCCGAGGGGCCUUCAAAGGCAUUCAAAUGUGGAGGGUCCCAGAAACAGGCACCUACAGGAUCACCGCCUAUGGUGCAGCUGGCGGCCGUAGUGUGCUGGCUAUGAGCAGGUCGCUCGGCGUCUACAUAACUGGAGACUUCGAGCUGAGGAAAGGCGAGCUGCUUUACAUCCUGGUGGGACAGAAAGGAGAGGACGCCUGUCCAAAUUCCAACAGCAUACUGAAUAGGAUCUGCCUGGAACAGAGCGGCCCAAUGGUGAAUAAAACUCAGGUGAAGGGGGGAGGAGGAGGAGGCGGAGGGGCUACGUAUGUGUUCAAGAUGGACAAGGACGUGUACAUCCCUCUCAUCAUUGCUGCUGGGGGAGGUGGCCGGGGCUACAGCAGCCAAUCAGAAACUCAGCUGGAGCAAAUGGACUACGACCCCAGCCAACCAGGGCGCAAUGGGAAGUCAAACGCAGCAGGUGGAGGCGGAGGUUGGAAUGACAGUGCUCCUGUCAGUCAGGGUGGCAGGCCGCUGGUGCUGGGGGGCCAGGGAGGCCAAGCCUGUCAGAAGUUCUGGCAGACCCGUGGGGGCUUCGGGGGCGGCGGGGGCGGCUGCAUGUCUGGGGGCGGCGGCGGAGGCUACAGAGGCGGUAACACCUCCAUAGACAACAACCCCAAACACGAUGGUGAUGAUGGCACGUCCUUCCUCGGGCCAGAUGGCGAACCCUUCCUUCCUCUACCUCUUAAAGCCAUGGAAGGGGACGGCGAGGUGAUCAUCAGCCCCGUGCAGAACUGCAGCCACUGCGAGAGCGAUGAAUGCCACGAGACCAAUGACGGCAUUGUGUGCUACUGUGACGAAGACCUCAACCUGGCACCAGACGGCGUGUCCUGCAUCAACGCUACAGAGGGGCCCCUGCUGCCUCCCCAGCCGUCCCUCUCCCACCUGGCACUGGGCCUGUCUGUGGGCACCUCAGCCCUCAUCGCUGCCCUGUUGCUGGCUGUGUCUGGAGUCAUGAUAAUGUACAGGCGUAAACACACAGAGCUGCAGUCUAUUCAGUUGGAGCUGCAGAGUCCAGACUGUAAGCUCAGUAAGCUGCGGGCCUCCACCAUCAUGACUGACUACAACCCCAACUACUGCUUUGCCGGAAAGACGGCGUCCGUCAACGACCUGAAGGAGGUGCCCCGGAGGAACAUCUCCCUGACCAGGGGUCUGGGCCACGGGGCUUUUGGUGAAGUGUAUGAAGGUCUGGCAGUGGGGAUACCAGGGGAACAGAGCCCGCUGCAAGUGGCAGUAAAGACCCUACCUGAGGUUUGCUCUGAGCAAGAUGAAUUAGACUUCCUCAUGGAGGCACUUAUUAUCAGUAAGUUCAGCCACCAGAACAUUGUGCGCUGCAUAGGCGUCAGUCUGCAGGCCAUGCCCCGCUUCAUCCUGCUGGAGCUCAUGGCAGGAGGAGACCUCAAGACCUUCCUGAGGGAGACGAGGCCCCGGCUGGAGCAUCCUUCAAGCCUGACCAUGGUUGACCUUCUCAAUGUAGCGAGAGACAUCGCUAAGGGCUGCCAGUAUCUGGAGGAGAACCAGUUUAUACACAGGGACAUUGCAGCUCGGAAUUGCCUACUGACCUGCAAAGGACCGGGCCGCGUUGCCAAGAUUGGGGAUUUCGGAAUGGCCCGAGACAUUUACAGAGCCAGCUACUACAGGAAGGGGGGGCGUGCCAUGCUGCCAGUCAAGUGGAUGCCACCUGAAGCCUUCAUGGAGGGAAUCUUCACAUCUAAAACAGACACGUGGUCAUUUGGUGUUCUUCUCUGGGAGAUAUUCUCACUGGGCUACAUGCCGUAUCCGAGCCGCAGUAACCAAGAGGUGCUGGAGUUUGUAACCAAUGGUGGAAGAAUGGACCCACCCAAGAACUGCCCCGGGCCGGUGUAUCGCAUAAUGACUCAGAGCUGGCAGCACCAGCCUGAGGACAGACCCAACUUCUCCACUAUCCUGGAGAGGAUCGACUACUGCUUACAGGACCCCGAUGUGGUGACCAUGCCAUUGCCUAUAGAGUAUGGGCCCGUUCCUGAGGAGGAGGAGCACGUACCGGUCCGUGCUGAUGACCCCUCAGAUUCCACCGUACUGGUGAAUGCCCAGGUGCCUGAUGGGAACCCUCCACAGCCGCCACCAUCCUACCCUACAGAGGAGAACCGCCGAUGUGGGGAGCACGCUGCCGUGACGGCCGCAGCGUCAGAGACCAAAGCACCGGUGCCGGCUCAGCCCCACAUCAGCUCAACUCCAGCCCCAUACCUCCACCCGCAGCCCCACACGCAGACCUCCAUCGCCAUGACGACCACUAACACAGUCACCUCCACAGCCAUUUCUACACUCACUGCCAAGGGAGCUCACGUCAGCCCCCAGCCCGGCCCUGAGGGCGGCCACAUCAACCUGGCAUUCACCCAGGGCCACCUGCCGGAGAAAGACGGCCACGGGGGGAAGAGCACCAGUCUGUGGAACCCCACGUACGGCUCGUGGUUCCUGCAGCAGCAGCAGAGGAAGCAGCAGAGGCAGGGAGGGGUGGGGGCAGCGGGCGGCAGCAGUGGCAGGGUGCCUGGCGAGGGGCAGGAGCACGUGGGCCGGACAGUGGCUGAGGUUGCAGGGGCGCUGGGUCUGCAGCACCAGCACAAGCAGUUUCAGCAUCAGCUCCAGCAGCAGCACCAGCUGCAGCUGCUGCACCACCAUCAGCAGCAGCAGCAGCAGCAGCAGGGUCUCUGUAGGCCUCUGUUACCCCCACCACCACCACCUGCUGCCCAGUCACCGCUGCUUUUAGACACGGCCACCCUCCCCCCAGUGCCCCUCUACAGACUGAGAAGGUUCCCCUGUGGGAACAUUGGCUACGGCUACCAGGAGCAGGGCCUGCCCCUGGAGGCCGGCCACGGCUCCCCCAACCCGCCUCCACCUCCUCCCCCCCAACAAGGCACCUCCAUGCCCCCCUUAGCAGCUCACCAGCGGGGUGCUUCCAUUCCCUCCUCAGUGACCCUGGGUCGGCCAGGUACAUCUGAGGACAGCCGUCCGCUUCUGGUCACCAUGGGAACCGUGCAGGACCCCAGGCUGCCCAGGAUGGAGGGCCACAACGCCACCGUGCUUUAGCUCACAUGUCUGUACUGCUGAUCUGCCGUGUUUGGGAAACACUGUGUCGGGACAGAGAGACUGUUUUACAUCACCUCUACCACCCUCACUAUUCUGGUUCCUUCACACCGAAACUGAGCUGAAUGAAUCUUUCAGGAUUUUCCUGUGGGAAUCUUGGAGGUGUGUUAAACUCCCCAGAGGACGCUAAAGCACAUCAGACAACUAAAGACAUGCAAAGUGUGGAAGAAAGGCUACUUUUAAGAGUAAAAAAAAGUAUUUUUUCAACACUGGAAAUUUUGAGUUAGAAGAGUCAAACGCAGAGUUUGUGGAACAGGAAGAGGAACUUUGCCGCUGGUGCAGACCUGGGCUGAAACAUCUCUUGUCUCUGAGGAUGGAGGAGUCAAAUCUCUAUAUUUUGCCAGAAAUAAGGCUCAAGUCACAAACAGCGGCGCCAACGCUUGACUGUGUCAACCGCGUGGUCAUUUCCAGCUGCAGCCACAGGUGUCAGAGCCCACACUGCUCCUCCUCCACAUUCUUUUGGAAAACAACAGUGUGGGAAAAUAACUUGUAUCAGACAAUUUUUCAAAAAUAAGGCUGAAUUAGACACUGGAUUUACAGUAAAGAGACAUUUCUACUAAAAACACUGGGAAAAGUGUGUUUUGUUGGUGUUUGCCUGCCUGCUUGUUUAUUUAUUCAUUUCUUUAUUUAUUAUUUGGAAGUGGCUCUUUAAAUUAUUAAUGAAUAUGCUUCCUCAAAUCCAAACAUUAAUUUUCCAUCAUUUAACUUUCGGCUUGUUGAGCUAAAGGGGGUUUGGUUUAGUAAUACUGUACCUAACAGCCAGGAGUGGAGAACUAAUAUGCUGCGGCUGUGGCCUUUAGGGUGGAACACACAGAUAAAUUAAACCCUGAGGAAGGCUGAGCAGAUAAAUUAACAAUAGAAGCGAUUAAACGCGGGCCCUCAGCAACAGUUGAGAUUUAAGCUUUUUGUUAUUGUCGGAGACUUGCAGGAACACGCUGCCCGGACUCCUAUUGAAAUCACUCCGCUUUUGUUCACAACUUCAUUUUGUUGAAUGGGAGCUUUGAGAAAGUGAAGUUUAGGAUUUUAUGGUUUUUCGGUAACCUUUUAUUAAUUCAUCCCUUGUUGAAAAAAAAAAAAACGUUGCUUUCCUUUCUUUGUCUGGAUAUAGAAACAGUGGAUAUUGCUGAAUCAAUCUUAACCUUCAAAUUGCUAUCUGGAAGCACUCUACAUCUUUAAAUUUGCAUAUUUUAUCUUUUCUAUUAUAGGAUGAAUGUUGUGGAAUACAAAUGAGACUGAGUGAAAACUUUGAAUACAAAACGCUUCUGCUCCACAUUUGAAUGAAACCCAGGGUCUGUGUAAUUCCGCUCAUCUUCACACACGUGCUGUCAAUUCUCGUCUGUGUUUAAAGUCUGCUUCUUUGAGUUUUGGACAAUAACAUCCAGAAUAACUGACACCGUGAGUGAAGCAGGGUUGAUUUUUAGGUGAACAACUCUUGUGAUACUUUUUCUUUGACUGUAUCCUCUCGUCUGUCUGCUGAAAUGACUGAUUGAGACACUGAGCGAGUUUGACGCCGGCGGUUGAGAAGGAUUCGCUCCGUCUCCAGUUCCUGUGUUUGCUACAUAAUUCUGUUCCCGACUCGGCUCAUGUCCAUCGUUUCAUGUGAAAAGACAAACAGAACUGCGCCUGUAAAUGUUGUAAUUAUAAAGUAUUGUACUAUGAUUCUGGCAAAAGCUGUAAAUUGCCCUUCAGAAGACAUUCACCAAAAUUAAUAAAUUACUAUAUAAUAACUGUU